AUGAAUGAUGGAGAUGAAGAGGCAGGGAUUGAUCGGCUUCCGAUUGAUUUAUUGGCCCACAUAUUUUCUCUAUUGACUUGCUUCAAAGAUUUGGCUCAGACAAGUAGCGUGUGUUGGAAAUGGAGGCAAGGCGUGAAGGAAUCACUGGGCACGAGUGAAAAAUUGAGUUUUGCUGGAUGGAAAAUGGACGACGAUUCAAUCAUGCGCCUGGUUAUGCUUGCUAAUGGGCUCAAGGACCUCGACAUAUCAAGGAGUAGAUGGGGUUGCCAAAUAACUGAUCAUGGUCUGUACCAGUUGUCUAUGGCGAAGUGUAUUUGCAACCUGUCAUCAGUAUCAAUAUGGGGUUCAACAGCAAUCACAGACAAAGGAGUUGUUCAAAUAGAAUGCACAAUCAUGAUUUCUAAAGCUAUUUCACUGCAACACCUGAAUAUUGGUGGUACAUUUAUCACGGAUGCAUCCCUGUUCGCAAUUGCAGAUAGUUGUCCUCAUCUCAAGACUAUUGUUAUGUGGGGCUGUCGUCAUGUAACGGAGAAUGGACUUCGUGCUCGUAAACAAAUGCCGCAAACUCGAGUCAAUCAAUGUGUGGGGUAUGGGGUUGCCUCUGGACUACUUCAUUGGUCUGCUUACAAUCAGUCCAGCUCUUCAAAUACAACCUAA